UAUUGUUGUGUCACGUGACGAGGGAGUAGCGAGGUGAAUGCGCCGGGUCGAAUUCGUGAGGAGGAGUCAAAAAAUUUGGACACCGUCGGCCAACAGAAAACCACUCACAAGAUGGAUGUACGGAAAGUAACAGAAUUGUUGCGUGCCACGAUUGACCCAGCGCAACAGAAGCAAGCUGAGGAGCAACUAAAUCAGAUACAUAAAAUUAUUGGUUUUGCGCCAACAUUGCUCCAAGUAGUAAUGACUGCGGACGAUAUGCCUGUGCGACAAGCUGGUGUUAUAUAUUUAAAAAAUUUAAUUACCACAAAUUGGGCUGACAGAGAAAGCGAAAAUGGUCCGGUUGAGUUCAGCAUUCACGAACAGGAUAGAGCAAUGAUUCGCGAUGCAAUCGUCGAUGCUCUUGUACAUGCACCAGAACUUAUCAGAGUACAAUUGGCAGUUUGUGUCAAUAACAUUGUAAAACAUGACUUUCCUGGAAGAUGGACACAAAUAGUGGACAAAAUUACAAUAUAUUUACAGAAUUCUGAUGCUUCCUGCUGGCCAGGUGUUCUUCUAGCGCUUUAUCAACUUGUUAAAAAUUUUGAGUAUAAAAAAGCAGAGGAGAGAGGGCCACUGAACGAAGCGAUGAAUCUUUUAUUUCCUAUGAUAUACCAGCUAAUAUUGCGACUUUUACCAGAUUCUUCUGAUCAAUCAGUUUUGCUGCAAAAACAGAUAUUGAAGAUUUUCUUUGCCCUCACGCAGUAUACUCUCCCUUUGGACUUGAUUUCGAAAGAAGUUUUUUCACAAUGGAUGGAUGUGGUGCGACAAGUAGCCGAUAGGCCUGUUCCGCCCGAAACGAAUAAUCCAGAUUUAGACGACGAUGAACGAGCAGAAUUACCAUGGUGGAAGUGUAAGAAAUGGGCUCUUCAUAUUCUUCAUAGAAUGUUCGAGAGAUAUGGCAGUCCUAGAAAUGUAACCAAAGAGUACAAGGAGUUUUCCGAGUGGUACCUGAGAACUUUCAGUGGAGGUAUACUCGAAGUCCUAUUAAAAAUUUUGGAUCAAUAUCGGAGAAAGAUAUAUGUAUCGCCCAGAGUGAUUCAGCAAUCAAUUAAUUACAUUAAUCAGGGAGUGAGUCACGCGUAUUCAUGGAAGUUUUUAAAGCCACAUAUGUUCGAGAUAAUUCGCGAUGUACUCUUUCCAAUUCUUUCAUAUUCUGCCGCGGACGAAGAACUUUGGAAUAACAAUCCAUAUGAAUAUAUCAGAGUGAAAUUCGAUAUAUUCGAAGACUUUGUGUCUCCGGUAACCGCGGCACAAACAUUAUUGCAUUCUGCUUGUAAAAAACGUAAAAGUAUGCUUCAAGAAACCAUGCAAUUCUGCAUGGAAGUAUUAACUAGUCCAAAUGCAGAUCCCAGACAAAAGGAUGGCGCGUUACACAUGGUUGGAAGUUUAGCAGAUGUCUUGUUAAAGAAGAAAGUUUACAAAGAACAAAUGGACAAGAUGCUGUUACAAUAUGUUUUUCCCGAAUUCAAUAGUGCUCAUGGACAUAUGAGAGCAAGAGCAUGUUGGGUAUUGCACUAUUUUUCCGAGAUAAAAUUUAAGCAGGAACAAAUACUAAUCGAGGCAAUUCGAUUGACUACAAAUGCCCUUCUGACGGACCAAGAUCUUCCAGUUAAGGUAGAGGCUGCCAUUGCUUUGCAGAUGCUUCUUUCUGCUCAGGAUAAAGCACAAAAAUACAUAGAACCCCUAAUCAAACCGAUAACGCUUGAAUUAUUAACUAUUGUACGAGAAACAGAAAACGACGACUUAACGACUGUUAUACAGAAAAUUGUUUGUACAUAUUCGAAUCAGCUUAUGCCAAUUGCAGUUGAAAUGUGUCAGCACCUAGCUGCAACUUUCAGCCAAGUGCUAGAAACAGAUGAAGGCAGUGACGAAAAAGCUAUAACUGCCAUGGGUUUGUUAAAUACAAUAGAGACUUUACUAACUGCGAUGGUUAAACAACCACAAAUCAUGGCACAAUUACAACCAAUAGUGCUUCAGGUUGUUGCUCACAUAUUUGGAGAAAGCGUUAUGGAAUUUUAUGAAGAAGCUCUUUCGUUAGUUUACGAUUUAACUGGUGAGACAAUUUUACCAGAUAUGUGGAAAGUCCUGGAAUGGAUGUAUCAACUCUUUCAAAAAGAUGGUUUCGAAUAUUUUACCGAUAUGAUGCCCGCCCUUCAUAAUUACAUCACAGUUGACACAUCAGCAUUUCUCUCCAAUGAAAAUCACGUAUUGGCUAUGUUUAAUAUGUGUAAAGCUGUACUAACUGGCGAUGCCGGAGAAGAUCCAGAAUGUCAUGCUGCCAAACUGUUGGAAGUUAUUAUUUUACAAUGUAAAGGCCAUAUCGAUCAGUGUAUACCUUCACUUGUGCAAUUGGUAUUGGAGCGUCUGAUGCGUGAAGUGAAAACUUCCGAAUUGAGAACAAUGUGUUUGCAAGUAGUAAUUGCAGCCCUUUAUUAUAACCCAGCCCUCUGUCUUGAAACAAUGGAUAGAUUGCAAGGAAACUUUGGACAAUCAACAGAACCAAUUGCAUCUCACUUUAUUAAACAAUGGAUACAUGACACAGACUGUUUCUUAGGAUUACACGACAGAAAGUUAUGCGUUCUUGGAUUGUGUACUUUAAUUAGCAUGGGACCAGCGAGACCGCCAGCAGUAAAUGAAUGUGCCCAACAAAUCAUACCUUCUUUAAUUCUACUCUUUGAUGGUCUAAAAAGGGCCUAUGCGGCUAAGGUAACUGAGACUGACGACGAAGAAAACGAGGAUGACGACAGCGAUAUCGACGAAGAGGUAUUAUCGUCGGAUGAAGAUGAAAUCGACGAUGCUAGUCAAGAAUAUUUGGAAAAAUUACAAGAAAAGGUGCCAAGAUCGGCUGCGCAACAUGGUUUCAAUGUAUCAGCUUCGCUUCAAGAUGGCCAUGGCGAUCAUACGUCAGACGACGACGGCGAUGGCUCGGAAUACGAUGCUAACGAAGAAACUCCACUCGAAUGCUACGUCACACCUUUAGAUUCAGAAGACACGAAUCAAGACGAAUACAUUGUCUUCAAAGAAGUGAUGCAAAAUAUUGAGAGAUCGGAUACAGUUUGGUACAGAGCAUUAACCGGUCAUUUAACUUCGGAACAACAGAAAGCAUUACAAGAAAUUAUCCUUCUAGCGGAUCAGCGUAAAGCAGCUCUGGAAAGUAAAAGAAUUGAACAAAGCGGAGGUUAUGCUUUUCACUCGCAGACGGUACCUACAUCGUUCAACUUUGGUGGUACGCCCCUGACCCGAUAAAGACUCCCGAUCGUUUAUAUUUUUAGCUUAACUCGGUACAUACAACAAUGGUAGCAUCCUUUCGAGCGUUUGGAAAUCCAUUCCACGAUGGAAUCUGCGGAGAAGCACGCUUCUUCUCAUAACACACACUAGUAAAACGUAAUUAAUUCUCAUAUGAGAAAAAUACCAUCUAAAGUAAAUUAAAAUAGUAACUUCUAUUUUGUCAUAUAAAGAUAUUCUCUUCUCCUGAUCACUGUGUAUUUCGAUUUGCAGAUUCCAGAGAAUAAUUCCUGAUCUCGAUUUUCAAAUCACCGUGCUUCUUCGUCGAGCUCACGCCAAUCCAUCGUCCAGCGCGAUCGAAUCCUCUUCUUCUUUUUUUCUUUUGUUUUUUGUAAAAGUAAGAGAUUAUAUGCGUACAUGGAAAUGAUGGUACGAAAGAAAAGGAGAGAGAGAGAGAGAGAGAGAGAGAGAGAGAGAGAGAGAGAGAGAGAAUGCAUGCGUGCAUACAUGGUGUGUAUAAGAGAAAUGGAAAUGAAAGAGAAAGUAGUUCGAUCGCUCUUGAAGCGCUCGAAAAAGUGCCUUCAAAACACGCUCGCCGCGGAUGGGACCUAAUUUAAGGACAGCAAGUUGGAUCGAGACUAGGACGCUUCUCUAGUUUGUAAGUUUCGUAAACACUGUACUAAAGUAUAAUAAAUUAAUGCUAAUUAAAAAAAGGAUACAUUCGAUUCA